CAUCACCUCCAGGACCGUUAGCAGAGUCAGUGGGUUUACUGUAUGCGAUGUUUUUAAAUGUUCUGCCGAGUCACUACUGAGAUGAAUCAUGGGAAACCGACGGAGGAAGAGAGUGCGAGAACACAGUGAUUAUUACGGGAUUAAGAUCUCUGAGCUGCUGACCCAACUGGCUGUGAGAACCACACCCCCUAAUGGGCCCCUCCCCCGUAACGUCAGCCUCCUCCCCUCCUUCACCCUCCCCGCAGUCCGAGAAACGACCGCCACCACCCGCUCCAAGGCCCAGCUCCCAGAAUGCAUCACGAAACUCUCAGACACCCAGUGUCGGAAGUGGUACCACCAGAGACCAGCCACGCCCUUCUCCGCCUCUACCCCCAACACAGCCCUUAACCCUAGGCCUGCCCCCAACACCCCGGGACACCCCACUGGUCCCGCCUCCACCAAUAGCAGCCAACCAAAGAGCGAGAGACCCAGCCUGGUUUCCCCUGAUUUGUUUUUCCUACCCUAUCUUGCGGCAUGGAGGACUGCGAAGAGCUGUGAUUCGCUGUCCUUGGUGAGGGAUCUGUUCCAGAAGGGUGAGGUGUGUCCAGACAUCCUGGGGUUGAAGGAGUGGUCGAACCAGAGACCUGCAGCCUGGAUCAAGGAUACAACAGUAGCAGCACAACGCAUGGCGAUAGAACCUGGUGUGAAUAGCGUGCAUUACUUUGAGGACCUGAGGGACCUGCAGAGGAAGUUGUUCAGGGGGAUCCUGUGGAUGUCCAGCAGGGGUCGCGACCUUUGAGCUGGGUGAACAUGACAACCUCUCCAGGACUUUAUACACCAUCAGCCUCAAACGCACCUCCCACAACACCUCCCUCCUCUGCUCCCCCACCACCACGCUUCCCUCCUUUGCUCCCCCCACACCUCCCUACCUGAAAGACAUUUAAUAAAAAUAUUAUGUAAAUGUCCUAAAGCGCAAAUAUACAUAUAUACAUACAUAUAUUAAAAUAAACAUUUUCUCAUUUAAAUAUAAAAUUUUCUCAUUUAAAUACAACAUUAUCUUAUUUAAAUAUAACAUUUUCUGAUUGAAAUAUAACAUUAUCUGAUUUAAAUAUACAUAUAUCUGAUGAAAUUGCUUUAGAAAGGGGCACAAGACAGGGAUGUCCUCUCUCCCCUCUUCUGUUUGCACUGGUAAUUGAACCACUUGCAGAAAGAAUUAGACAGGACCCACACAAACAGUUAUUGGAGGAGUGUUAGAACAUAACGAACAAAAUUACAGUUAACAAAAAUGGCCGCGUAAACCAGUAUAAACUCAUGUAUAGAAUGUAUUAUACCAGGGACAAAAUUCACAACAUCUACAGCAUAACGGCAAAGUUAUGUCUCAAGUGUAAGCAUUAUUUUCACUCUGUCGUUUUAGGUUAGUAUUGCGGAGUAACUACAAUGUCAUUGAUCCAUCCACAGUUUUCUCCUAUCACAGCCAAUAAACUCUGUAACUAUUUUAAAGUCACCAUUGGCCUCAUGGUAAACUCGCUGAGUGGUUUCCUUAGGAAGGAUGCCUUUAUCUUUAUAGUGACUGGGUGUAUUGAUACACCAUUGUCAUGACGUUGGCCUGUGGGUAAGGUUUACCCUCGACCUGCAUGGCAAGCAGUACCGGAGUGCCAAGUCUAGGACAAAAAGGCUUCUCGACAGUUUUUACCCCCAAGCCAUAAGACUCCUGACUAUUUGCAUUGUGUGCCUGCCCCCAACCCCUCUUUUACGC